UUUCUUGCCACAAGAACGAAAAAUUAAUAUAUUUCUCUUUAUCUUAUGGACAGACCAAGGGUCAUAACAAAACAAGUUCAUUCAGAAAAGUUUGAAAGGCAGGAAUCAUGGUGUUGCUUCUCAAUGUGACCACUUGUGUUGCAGAUGAAAAAAAAAGCCACUGGCAGACAGUCAUGAAAAUUGAUCAAAAUCCUUGUUUUUCUUUUUGUCGUAAACAUGUCAGAGUAACGGUGUUGUCACAGCCACAGUUGGUGCUUUUUUAAGUGCUUUCAUUUUACCUACUGUAUCAUAAAAAUACAGAAUGUUAUAUGACUGCAGAAUGGCACAGACAGCAAAAACUGAUCUUCUUGCCACCUGCUUUCAGUCAUUUGUACAUGUCUCCGAACUGGUCUAUUUUUUCAAGUUUUCUUCAGAGCUGAUGUGAGGAUUAGAGGAAAAGAUUUUACCUUAGUUAGUUUGCUUUUCUAUUAGAGUAAACAUUAUUUUUUAAACUUGCUAAUGAAAAGAACAGUGCAAGGAUGUUUGGGGAUACAAAUCUUGUACCAGUAAUAUUUGCACUUGUUCACUGAGUUCAACUGUAGGAAAUUGCACAACUCACUCAAAAAAAUUAUUCAAGGGUUUUCCACUUUAUCCUCUGCUAAGACACUGUUAGUCAAGACAAGCUCUCAUACUUUUAUGCUCUGGUCAGUUUGUUUCACUGGCAGUGGGGAGGAGGGAUGUUGCAGUGGUAAUAGUACUUGCCUCUCACCGCUGUGACUUGGGUUGGAUUCCAAGACCUUGCGUCACAUGUGGGUCAAGUUUGUCAGGGGUUUUCAUUCUUACUCAGUGGGUUUUUCUCCAAGUCCUCGAGUUUUCCUCCCUCUACAAAAACCAACAUUCUAAAUUCCUAGUCAGCCUUGAAGCAUGAACAAGAAGAUCCACCUUGUGGAAUGUCCACUGCUUAAUUUCUGUUAUUAUUAUGAGGCUUUUCAUAAAAUUUACACCACAGAUAUCAUAGAAUGUCUUCUUUAUUUUCUUUAAUAGAACAACAGUGGCACGUGCUUUGGCGAAGAAGUUGUCUUGCCCUUAUGUGGAUGCAGACACUUUCCAUUCAGAGGAAAAUAUUACAAAAAUGAAGCAAGGGAUUGCACUUACAGAUGAGGACAGACAACCAUGGCUUCUUGCUUUGCACAAAGUUAUUGAAAGAUGGAGCAAGCGUUCUGAAUCUGGAGUGCUUGCUUGUUCAGCUCUCAAAGAACAAUACAGACAAACAAUCCUUUUUGGAGCAGAAGCCAGCUCUAACAACACACCUUAUUGCUCAAAUGGUGACAAGCGGCAAAAACUGUCGAAGCCAUCACCUUUUUAUUGCCUGGUUGUACUACUUAAAGGGUCUAAGGAUGUGGUAAGGGAGAGAAUGGAAAAAAGGCAAGAACACUAUAUGCCCUUAAGUUUACUUGCCUCUCAGUUUGAAACUCUGGAGGAACCUGUCACUUGUGAUGAGUACUCUGCUCUUCACAUCUCUGUGGAUCAAACUGUGGAAGAAAUAAUUAAUGAUAUUUUGAGAACUUUGAAGGCUAAAUGUGGCAUGAAAGUAUCAAUACAUAGUACUGUAUAAUAUGAAAUUUGAAAAUUUAUAGUAAUUUUUGUAACAAAAUAGAUUUUGUAACAUGUAUUGAAGUAAGUAGAUUGGUGAGAGAUGAACUCUAAUUUACAUUUUCCAAUUCAACAACUUUAAAAAUAUUUUGGAUUUAACCCAUAAAUUACGCUCAUACCAAAGUGGAAAAUGCAAUUAUUGUUUUAUAUUUAUGUUAAUUAGCCCUCUUUGCCAUGAUAAGGAUUUUUACAUUUGAAACAAGGCAUUAAGGUUUACAUGUAUGUAACAAGGAGACAGAAGGAGAAAUCUGUCUUUCAUCACCUUGAGAUAAGGUAUAUGUACAGAAUCACGGGGUGCAUGAAGGCUCUUGUCUCAGAAAUUUUGGUUUCUUAGCACUUUCCAGCUUUCAUAAAAGCAUAUUUACACACAUUGCCCACAAGCAAAAGAUAGUUGCCUGUGGCCAUGGUCCUCUGCCAGAGUACAGCCUUUGUUUUAUCAUUUCUUUUAAAAUUUAGAAUCAGGCAAAAUAUUUUUUCCAAAUUUUAUAUAUGUAUCCACUUGAUUGCAGUAAUGUUCUCAUUUCAAAAAGCAAAACAAAAAAGGUAAACUGUGGCAACAGAAAUCAGCAUAUUAAGUUUUGCUUUUGUUACAUGCCUGACAGCUAAACAGUUCUCCCAGAAUUUUUAUUGAAAAAAAUUUUUUUCCUACUUCUUGAGGGUAUCAGCUAUUUGUAAACAGAUGUCAAGGGAUCCCAAAAAUUAUGUAAAUUUUGUACUUGACAAGAUAUCUGAACUUGAACUUGAGCUUACCAUUAAAUCACUAUGUUACAGUGACACUAAAAAUUUUGUAUUUUCUUGGUGUACACAAGUAUGGAAAAUCUAUCCACCAAAACUAAAAUAAUUAUUAGUAUCACCUUUCAUGUCUAAAGAAACAUUGUAGACUCUAAUCAGGUCUGCAUGAGGUUUUCUGUGGGACUUUGGUGAACAUAUUUGACUGCCAGAUAUUAGUGUAUUGGAACUUAGCUUGGCAAUCUGAUUACAAAAUGUUACUCUACCGCGUAGACGUUGCAACCUAUAGGUUUGUAUAAUAAUGUACAUGCUUGCAAAAGUUAAUUAGUUCAAAACCAAAGUAUUUCUUAGACUUGCUUGGCAUUUCCCAUCAAAUAUCUAAUACUCUUGUCAGGUUUUUUUGUUGAUAUUUCUGAAUAUUCAGCUAAGCCAAAUGUUGAUAACUUAGGGAUUUUUUAGUAUGCAUGCUAAGUUUGGAUAUUUUACUGACUAGGACUGUAAGGUUACUUCUUGGUAAAGUCAUGUGAAACCAAAAAAAAACAAACAAGCAAAACUGGCCACAAGUCACCAUGAAACCUGCCUUACUAAUGGUGUGAUCCAGCUCAGUGCAAGGGGAACUUUCCUGUCGGUAUUUUACCCUUUAAAAUCAAUAUGUGUUGUAUCUGUACUGUCAUCUAUACAUUUUCUAUGGUAACGACACAGAAUUUGUUUAACAAUCCAGAGCAGCUUUAGUUGGUGAUUGCUAGAGGUUUAAUGGUCAAAUCCAAUUGUUUCAAUAAACAAAUACAACUGCUGAUCACAUUGAUGACAAUAUUCUAUAAAAUAAUGUAACUAAGAAGAAAAAAACAUACACCACCCUGUGCUUAUAAUCACAUCAUCAUCUGGACCUGGAGAUUCACCAUCAUCUAUGUUCUGAUACAUUUAAAACUUCCUAAGAAUUUUACUCAGAGACUCAUGAGACUGACAAGAAGUUUGGCUUGUGAUAGAAUACUUAUUUAAACAGUACUUUUAUUAGAUUAUUUACAUUAAUGAUAUAAUUAUUAUUAUUUUUUUUUUCACUACUUUGAUGUUGCUUGAUAUUCUGGGGACAAAGUUGAGGGCAUAUCAUUGGAUGUUGUUCACUGAGCUUUUGUAUUUAUUAAAUAAUCUUAACCCUUUACAACCUAACAUUAGUAUCCUUAUUCUUCAUGAUCAUACUCUUCCAUAUGCAUUUCCUUAAGUACUAACAAAGAGAAUUUAGUUAACAAUCAAAGCUCCUUAGGUUGCUGAUCAUUUCCUUUAUUCUCAUGAUGUUACUGAAUAACUCGUCAGUAUUACUGUGAUGAAAAAUUAGCUGCUGGCCACUCUAAGGGUUUUAAGAGUUAAAUGAAAAGGUUAUUAUCAAAACAAGUUAUUUCCUUUUGUCAAAGGUAUUUUUUUAAGAAACAGUACAGAUCAUACAGCAGCUGUCUCAAACUGAAGCUAGUGCAAGGUGAUAAUGAUAGAAAGUACAUUUGUUUUCUUUCUCCUGCAACCAAUCAGGUUGUUCCUACAAUUCUAAUUUGAUGAAAAGUAUACAUAUAAACAAUGAAGGCCAUACAGUAUAUGUGAUAUUUGUUAAUUGAAUUUUUAAAUAAAAAUCAAUGAUUAUUACAACAA